GAAGUGCUACAGAGGGCUAGAGUCUGGGUGAGAUUCAUCUCUGAAGCACUUUUCUUUUGCUGAGAGACCAGAGUGCUUCCUGGACAUGACCUUGCCAAAUACAGGACGAGCCUUUAAACUUCAGAGAGAAGGUGUAAAAGAUGAAGAAAGGAUGGAUCUCUAGCACAAGGAGCUGUGAGAAGCCAGCUGGCAGCAGGAGCAUGCACCAGCCAUGUCUGGUUUUUGGCCACGAGGUGCCUCCAGGUGAGCUGUGUUGGAGUGCUGCCAAGAGGGGUUGCUGCCUCCCUGCUCUCCCAUUUCAGAUCGAGCACAAGAUGAGCUUCGCAUUCCGUGAGGGACAAAGAGCGAAGCAGGACAACUCCUGCAGUUCUGCAACAGGAGACAAAAUGAACACGAAGCCAGGGGAAGAUGAGGAGAAGGAGCAGGAUAUUAUGAUCGGCGUAGCACAGCAUUUACGAUGGGAACGGCACAGGAUUUCUACAGGCAGAGUCGGCGUAGCACAACUCACAGGUAGCACCGAGUUUCUAACACAGCUGACCUCAUGGGCCGCACUCUGCGCUGUCACGCCUCCCGCCCCUGUGCCGGGGCCACCACCAGCACCGGGCUGGCCGGGUGCCUGGGACAUUCAAGGCCGGGGAGGGGGGAGUAACCGGCCUGGCGCCCGGGAACCUUGGGGAGGGGAAGAAGAAAUCUGUUUGGUUUAUCUGCUUGGUGCACGGGACCUUCGGGGCCUGAUAACAAGGGGAAGGGAACGAAUACGUGACCCGCUCGGUCACAGAGAAGGGCUGCUUGCGUCAUAA